UCUCAACACUUCCACACGCGCGCACACCGCAAGAACGCACAGAUUUCAUGGGAGCCAAGCUUUCCAGCUGUUUCAACCAGCGAGGCAGCCUCUCGCAGCAGGCACCGGUCAGGGUCAUAUCUGCCGACGGCUCGCUGAAGGAGCUCCCGGCCAGCCCCCGCGUCACCGUCUCCGACAUUCUCGGCGGUGAAGCUGCCUCCUUCUUCGUCUGCAACUCCGACGAGCUCUACUUCAACGAGCCCCCACCGGCGCUGGCCGCCAGCGAGCUGCUCCUGCCGGGGCAGAUAUACUUCCUGCUCCCGGCGACAGUGCUCGGGCGGCCGCUGUCGAGCGCCGACAUGGCGGCGCUCGCCGUGCGCGCGAGCACGGCGCUCGCGGCCAAGAGGCCACAGCGGCGUGGCGGCAAGAGUAAGAAGGUCCGCGUCGUACCGGUGCAAGAGGAGCUAGAAGACGGGGAGGACUUUUUGUUCAACCAGAAGCUUAACGAGCGGACUCUCGGGGAGUUCGGGCUGCCGAUAAGUCCGGCGAAGAAGAGCGACGAGAAGCUCGCCGCUAGGUCGCGGGCCUCGCGGCUGAAGCGGGCUCUGAGCAUCAUUCAGGAGAUGGCUGAGUGAACCAUCCCUGCAAGCGAUAGAUAGCGGCGUUGAUUUUUUGUCCUUUUCUGAACAAUUUUUUGUUAGGCUUGUUAUGCCUACAUACUUAAUUGGUUUCAGUAGAUUUAGGAGAGAAAAAAUGAAUUAUUCUGGAAAAUAGGCUGUAAAUACAUCCGAGGUUGAGUAGAUACAAAACAACAGUAAUGCAGAAAACUGUUUCUUGAGCUGUAAAUC